AUGUAAUCUUCAAACGUAAGCUCUACUGAGUUUAUAAAUGACCAUCAAAAUAACGAAGAAGAUCAGAAUUACAUUCAAAAUGCUGGAAAUGAUAUGAUUCAAGAAUCUAACAUUUAGCUGUCUUUUCAAAAACAAAAAUAAUUAGAAGAAAAUCAAUUUCAUAAUUACACAUAAAAUUAAUUAACAUUAGCUAAUAUUUAAGAAGGUUUCUAAUCUAAUCACAACGAUGGAGAAAUAUCCCCAGAUAAGAUAAAGUAAAAAAAAAAAUAAUUAUUUGAUCCUCGGGAGCAUUAAAGUUUAAUGGAAUUACCGUAGCGUGAAAUAUAAUCUGUUUAUUCUCCCUCUUAGUAGUAAAAUACUCCUUCUCAGAAUGAUUUAUCUUUAAAGCUAGAAGUUAAUCCCUCUAAGAGAGUUAAUUCAUCUGCUCAUUUAAGCAUUGAUUUAAAGAUUAUUGAAGAUAAACAAAAGAGAUAGUCAGUAAUAAAGUAGAAGCUUAGCGAAAUGCAGGAUCAUUCUAUUGAUAAUAGCGUAAAAGCUAUUUCUAACGACUAGUAAAGUUAAAUUGCUAAAUUUGGAUCUUAAUUUGAUCGAGAUGAUAAUAACAAAUAUUAGAUUUAAAGUCUCCUUCACUAUAAUUAGCAUUAGGGUCUUUCACAUUAUAACAAUAUGUAAAACAAAAAUUCUGCUAAUAACAAUACAAGUUUUUCUUCAGCUUAAAAUCAUAGAAAUAAUAGAAAUUCAUAGAAUUAUUUGUAAUCUAACCAACAAAGCAACUAGGAUGGCUAACAAAAUAUGUCUAAUUUAUAAAUAGAAAAAAGUGGAAUAAAUAACAUUUUACUAACACCUGACUCCAACAAAUUUGGUGAUGAGGGCAUAACUUCUUCAAAGAUGAAAAAAAUAAAGCUCUCUUAGAAUGCUUUUCCUGCAAUAUUACAAUAAAAAAGGGAUAGAUUAGUUAAUCUGUUUUUAUAAAAAUUAAAAGAUUCAACAGUCUUGCUUCGUAAGCCAUUCAACUUAAAAAUGAGACAUUACUCGAUUAUUAAUGAUUUAUCUCUAAUAACUACUUACAAUUCUCAUAAGACUUACUAGUAUUCUGCUUUUGUUUAAUUUUUUGGGAAAGUAUUUAUGAUUCUAUCUUCUAAGCUACCUAACAUUUAAAUGCUGGAGCCAAAUUGUUUAGUAUCUGUGUUAAAUUCUAUGGUGCAGUCUAUAUUAAUUUUAAUAUUGAUUUUUAGCACAACAGUAUCUAUGGUAUUUCCCACAGGAUAACCUUUUAUAGAUGAUUUCUUAAACAAGUGGCUUGCUAUUAUUUGCAUUUGCUUAUUUGUUGUAGAUAUUUUUGUUCACUUUAACACUAACACUGUUGAAGAAACUGAUGAAAAAAAAAUUAUACCUAUCAACUCGAGAUAUGUUGUUGCAUACACCUAUAUAAAAGGUGUAUUCUUAGUUGAUUUUUCAGCUAUAGUAAUAUUAAUAAUUGACACUUAAAUAGAUUUGCACAUGUAUUCAAGCUAUCUCUAUUUCCUUAGAAUAUUUAUAUUCCUUAAGAUCUUUAGCUUGAUUCAGCAUUAAACUAUCAUAUAUAACUAUUUUAUUACUAAGGGAUAUUAUAUAAUAGUUUAUAAUUUAGUAUAGAUUAUGUUUGUCAUUUUCACUGUGGCUCAUUUCUUUUCUUUAGCUUGGUUUGGAAUUGCUUACAGAUUACAUAAUUAAGAUAAUCUAGAAAACUGGUUAGAUUAAUAAUAGAUAUAUCACUCUUCUUGGUAUGUGUAAUACUUGAAUUCUCUGUUUUGGGGAUUGUCUUAACUGACUUUGUAUGGUUCAUAUAAACCAAAUACUACCAAAGAAUUAAUUCUUUCAUGCUUCUCUAUGGCUCUUGGAUACAUCUUUUUCUCAUUUUUAUUGUUAUGGAUAAAGUCUAUUUAUGAUAAAUGUAAUUAAAAUAUUAAUGAAGAAAGUUCACAGAAAAAUGUUCAGAUGAUUAGCUCAUACAUGGCUAAAAAAUCUGUCUCUAAAAGUCUGCAGUCAAGAGUGCUUUAUCAUAUCUAGUAGGACUCUAAAAGAAAAUAAAAAAAAGAAAUAGAGGAUAAAGAAAAUAAAAUUUUCGAAAGUCUUCCCAUAGAACUUAGAAAAGAAAUAAGUGAAUAGUCAAAUCUGAAAAUUCUUCAAAAAAUUGAUAUUUUUAACAAAAUCUUUUCUUAGAAAACCUUAGACUCUCUUUUAUUCUACAUAGAAGAGAUAAACUAUUUACCUAAUUAAGUCAUAUAUUCAGAAAAUAAUCCUGAUGACUUUUCUAUUUUUUAUAUAGUAGAUGGGUCAGUUGGUGUGUACCAAGGUGAUCAAGUAGAUUUUUAAAAUAUGAAGUACAUUUAAACUUUAAAAAAGGGAUAAGUCUUUGGAGAAAUUUGCUUUUUUACAGGAUAACUAAGAUAGGUAAGUAUGGUAGCAUUGGACUAUGUUAAAGUUGGUAAAGUAAAAAGAGAGUCUGUCCUUUAGAUUGUUAAAAAUUAACAAGAUGAUCUUGAGAGGUUUUGCAUGUUAAAAGAUUCUUAUAUUUUAUAUGAAGAUAUAAGCUGCCUGGGAGUUAAUUGCUACUCUUGUGGAAAAAUAACUCACACAAUCAAUGAUUGCCCUUUGAUACACCCUUAAUUUGAUAAGGUUAAAAUUAUGCAUCGCCAUAUUUAUAGUGCAGAAUAGAUUAGAAAUCAAAGUUAUAAAAGAAGAAAGAAAUAUUCUCAAAGUUAGUAUUUCAUUAUCAAAAAAGCUGUUAAAGUCUAAUAAUAACUUAAGGAUGAUAGCAUCUGCUUUUAAAAAUUGAAUGAUUUAAUAGAGCAGCUUAAUAUUUAUGAGCUUGAUGAAGAAAAUUAUGAGGAAGAGGAAGAAUUUGAUGAUGAUGAGGACUAUGCUGGAAAUAGCAAAACUAUUCCUGAAGAAGAAGAAACUUCACAGCCAAAUGAAUAAGACAAAAUGAGAGAUGAUAAUUAUACUUUAAAGAACUUUUCAGACUAAGAAGACGAAGGAUUAAAAUUAUAGUAGUAAUAGUAGCAAUCAUUAUUAUUGUUAUAACAAUAAUAAAUUAUGAAACAAAGCAAAUAGUCUUCAGGUAAUAAUAAUAACAAUAAUAAUAACAGUGGUAGAGGAGAAUCUAACACUCCUAAUACAGCAAGCAAUCCUCAUGCCGAAAGUUCUAGCCAGUUAAGCAAGCAAGUUAAGUCAUUAAGAAAAGAUUCAUCAUCAAGCUAGAUGAAUGGAGAUCCUAUGGCAAAUAAAGAGUACAGGAAGGAAAUGACUUACAAUACUGUUUAUACUGAUCAAUAGUUUUAGGGAUACGAAUAUUUUCUUUAAGAAUCUACUAGCAAUAAUAAUAACAAUCCAAAUAUAAAUACUUCUAAUAAUAUAAAUAGUAACAACCCGACUUUAAAUAUGGUGAGUAACAAUGCUACCCUAAACAAUAUUAACACAAAUGCAUCAGUAGAAGCUAGAGUUAGUAUUCCAGAUUUAACUUAGCAUUUAAUUUAUGAUCAUCAACCACCAUAGAGAAUUCAGAAUAAGAAACUUACAACCUAGACUGCUCCACAAAUAUAUAGUCGGACUAAGUCAUUUGCAUCAAGAAAAAGCAAGAAAUAAAAUUCCUCUCCAGAUCAGUAAGCGUAGUCAGCUAAUGAAAAAUCAAUACUUCAAGAUCUGAUUCUUGAUCCUUCUCUAUGCAAAGAGUUUACGAGAGAUUACACAUUGAGUUCUAAAAAAUCAAAUAAAAGACAUCUUAAAUUCGCAGAUGAAUCGAUUCUAGGGAUGAAGAGCGAUAACAAUUUAAAAAAUAACAACCCCACUAGUACUUCUAUCCAAUUAUCUCCUUAUUAAGAAAGUUUGAGUUCAAAAGAAAGCAAUUAUUAAAAUUCUGCUCAAUAAUCUACCUAUGUCAUUCAGCAAUUUUAGAGUCUUUUAUUAAAAUUCUAGUCUGUAUUCAGGUAGAUGAGUUAAGCUUAAAGGUAUAAUAGUCUUGCUUAGUCUCUGGACUAAAUGAAAAAUUGUGAUAGAGAUUCGGAUCUUCAGUACGACCUUAAUUCACAUAAGAAUAGUAUCAAAGAUAUAGACCAUAAAAGCAGUAGUAAUCAGACAAAUAAGAAAAUUGAAACUAGUGCUGUAUUAUAUAAGCAGUAUACUUCAGCAUUAAGCAGAUAAGGUGAAGAAUGGAAUUUAGAUAAAUUGAAAAAUUACAAAAUUUAUUAUCCUCACAACAAUUUCUCAUUCAUUUAUCCUCAAAUUUAACUAGUACAAAGAUUGAAAAUCAAAGAAAUAUAGGCUAUUCCUAACAUACCUAUAAAAAUAUCUCCUUCAUAGCCUUAGGCUUAAUAUUAGCAAACAAACAUUUAUUUGCUUCAUAACAACGAAUACCCUUAGAUAAACAUUCCUAAUUCACAAAAUGAUCAUUUAAUGGAGCCAAGAAAGACAAUUUCAACUAACUUAACUUAAAAUAGAACUAGAAAAUCUUAAUAUUCUCUAACUUAUGGUGUGUAAAUAAAUAGUAAACCUUUUAGGCAUUUUGGCUCAUUAAAUUCUGGAAAUUCCUCAGUGCAAAGGAUUACCUCAAAUUAAAAUAAUAAAUACUAAAAAAACUAAUUAAAGCAAAAAAAUAUUUCAUAAUCAAACAGUGAUUAUUCAUAUAUAAAAAAAUCUUGA